AUUAACAUCUAUCGUGCGAAUACUGUAUCCGAUUGGUUCUCGAUCGUUCUCACUCUUCAUAUUUUUAGGAUAUUUUGUUCUUUUUACAUUCACCUUACCUUACCUUUACUUGCUUCUUUUUUGUUUUAUAUUCGGUUUCAAAAUAUUAUAUAAUAAAAAAGAUAAAAUUACUAAAAGUAUAGAACAUGAAACCAGGACCAGUGGCGGAUCCAGCGAAGGGGGAGGGGCAUGAGGGCCCGUUUCCCCCCAACCCCACUCCAAAUCAGCCAAAAAUUUUGAGUACCCAUGAGUUCAGUGGCGAUCCAGCAGUGGAAUGAAAGGAUAGCUCGAUUAUUUCCCACUUUACACCUAAGGUAGGCGUGGCGGCGAGAACCUCAUCAUAUUGUUGCCCCCCCCCCCCCUUUCAGAAAAUCUCUGGAUCCGCCCCAGAGGACUUGGACAUGGCGCUUAGAGACCUUGUUAUUUGCACCUUAUAAAUCGACCUAUUAUUAUUAUUAAUUAUUAUUAUCGAGAACGAUCGAGAAUCAUAUAGGCCUAUCAGAUAUUCGCACGAUGUGCAUUAAAACCGCUAUCCAAACCGUACGGUUCCGUGGAGUAGCCUGUAUCGCAGCCUACACUAACAACGGUUUGUUUGUACUGUAUUUGUUUUGUCCAGUAAACGUCGCAAAUAGUGGCCUAGCUGGUACACGGAGUUAUUAUCAAAAUAAUUAUAACUCCAUGGCUGGUAUCGAUAAUACUUACUGGUGUUUAUUUCAUGAUUAGUCAGUUCUAUAUAUUGAUGGAAAUCCUGGCAUACUUAGUUGAGGGUCUUAAUUUGCAGGGUCUGAUAUUUCGAGUCGGUCUGAUCUCGUGGUUUUAGGUCUUAGCUUUCGGGACACCCCAUAUUUUGUCACCCGGAAACCAUCGUCCGUAACAGAGCAAACCCUUCCUCUCAUCCCACUCCAGAAUAUUUUGAACUCUUGUGAACUGAAGUAGACAGUCCCUAAACAACUAGCACCUUAAGAGCUUAAUAAAUCAUUUCUAAGCUUCCAUGUUCUCUUAACAUAAGAUUUGCAAAAUGUAUCAAAAAUAUCAUGAAUAUUAUAGUCACAAUGCACAUCUUCCCCCAAGAUCAAUACAGUACUUAAUUUUGUACAAAGGUCACUGGUUAUAGAAUACUCCCAUACACUUAGGCAAUCAGUAUUAACUAGCUUAUUUUCUAAAGCAUGAUAUUCUUCAAUUCUGAUGGUGUUUAGUUGAUUACAUGUGAAUAAAAAAUGUUUUAUAUUAUCAACACCAUUAUUACACAAUUGGCAAGUGCCAUCACUAUUAGGUCACUAUUUACAGGUCCCUAUGUUUUAAUGGAAGAGUAUUAUUUGACCUCAUUUUGAAUUUUAGGCCGAUAAUAAUAUGUGUGGUCAAGUAAAUAUUUUUCCAUAUUCGGGCAGCUCUUAAUUACAGAAUAUUCAGAAAGUUUUGUUAUACUGUAGUUCGCACUAAAGGCAUCCUCUCGAACUGUCAUUCGCUCGAAUUGACUGCAGUCAAUGGCAUUCUUUCAUAAAAACCUACACAAAGCCGGGCUACAGUAGUUUUCAAUUAACCGCGCGCUUGCAACAUCCAAUAGGAAGCGUUAAGCCGAUAUAAGCGAUUACCGUGAAGCCCUACUUUGCAUAUCUAACUGUAUAAGUACCACGCUUCACUUCAGCGCAUCACUCAUCUAUUCGAUUUCGUGUAUAAUACAGUAAACCGAAAUUAUGCCUCCCAAAACUUCUGGAAAAGCUGUUAAAAAGGCUGGUAAGGCUAAGGCAGUCAGAACUGGCGACAAGAAGAGGAAACGUAAGCGAAAGGAAAGCUACAGCAUCUACAUCUACAAGGUGUUGAAGCAAGUUCACCCAGAUACUGGUAUCUCCAGCAGAGCCAUGGGAAUCAUGAACAGCUUCGUCAAUGAUAUCUUCGAACGUAUUGCCGGUGAAGCAUCUCGUCUUGCUCACUACAACAAGAAAUCUACAAUCACCAGUAGGGAAGUCCAGACCGCUGUCCGUCUCUUGCUGCCCGGUGAAUUGGCCAAGCAUGCCGUCUCUGAAGGCACCAAGGCUGUCACUAAAUACACCAGUUCCAAGUAAACAUCUUCCAGUUUCAAACCAAACGGCUCUUUUCAGAGCCACCCAAAUGUUCAAAAGAUAAUUUGUCGGCAGUUUUCUGUUAAACAUUAUGAUUAGAUAAUUCGUUUAUAUUUUUGCAAUCAUUCACAUAAUACAAUCAUUCUAACAAAGGGUUUUAUAACAUU